AUGGCCUGUAACAAGAUGCUGCGGCACCACAGGGACAAUAUCAAGCGUCACCAGAAGAGAUGCCGCAUCUGCUCCAACAAAUACAACACACCUCGAAACGGCGCUGACAGUGCGAAUUCACCGUACUUGGCGCCGUUCAAUCAGGUAGUCGCGCAACUUCAAGCGAACCCAAAGUACCAGGCUAAGGAGAACCUGGGGUAUCUUCCCCCUAACAGUGGCUUUCCCCAGGCUGCCGGAAACGUCGUCCUCGAUGUUCACUCCAACAACGAAUUGGAUAUGCUGCCGGCGUACCCAAUGGAACUCGAAUCCUGUGCUGGCUCGGGUCAAUUCUGGGACGUCAGCGACAUGUCGCCCCAGUAUUCCCGAAUCGGUCCCACCACCUUCUUCUUCCAGGAUUGA